ACAGCGAUUUCCACACCUAUGCCAGUACAAAUAAAGCAAUAAAACCAUCAGAAUAGAAAGUACUAUUAAAGGAGAAACUCUCUCCCCUCUUUGGCUGCUCUGCUGGAGGAUAAGGCUGUCCCUGACAGGCACUAAAGGCAGCCUGGACCUUUAAGAGCAGCAGUUGCCAGUGCAGCUCUUCCUGGGAACUUUGGAACAGUCCAGAGUGGAAAGCCUGAGCUGGCUGCCUUCGAGGCAAAUUCCAAGCAUGUCAGACCCACCAGGCUGAUGCAUUCCUCUGGGCUCCUGCUGGUCACAGACAUUCAGCUGCACACUCUCAUGGGGCAAAAUGAACAUUCAGGAGUAUUUUGGAAGAAUAUCUUACAACAAGCCCCAUAAGGAUGCAGACUUGCAAACCCUGACAGUCAUCUUCCAGCAUCACAUCCAGAGCAUUCCUUUCGAGAACCUCAGCAUGCACUGCGGGGAGGCCAUCGAACUGGAUUUGCAGUCUACUUACAAUAAGAUUGUGAGAAAGAAACGUGGUGGAUGGUGCCUGGAAACCACCCACCUCCUCUUCUGGGCCCUGCAAGAAUUAGGGUAUGAUGUCUGUAUUCUGGGUGCAAACAGCUAUGACCCAGCAGAGAAGGGAUACACUGCUCAGAUAAACCAUAUCCUGCUGAAGGUGGUGAUCAAGGGAGAGUCCUACAUAGUAGAUCCUGGGUUUGGUGGUGCCUACCAGAUGUGGCAGCCACUGAUGCUGAUUUCUGGGAAGGACCAACCCCAGGUUCCUGGCAUUUUCCACUUCAUGGAAGACAAUGGCACCUGGUACUUUGAAAAAGUCAAAAGAAAGCAUUAUAUUCCUGAGCACAGCAAGAAUGACUUCCCUCAUACUCCAGAACUGGGGAAUAUCCGAAAAAUAUAUAGAUUUACUCUCGAGCCACGGCAUAUAGAUGACUUCCAGGAGCUAAAUGCAUACCUCCAAGUGUCUCCAGAUAAUAUCCUUCGGAAGAAGUCAAUUUGCAGUCUCCAAACCACCAGUGGGGUCCUUGCCUUAGUUGGAUGGACCCUCACUGAGAUGAAGUAUAACUACACAGAGGACAUGGACCUGGUGAACAUCACAACCCUUACAGAUGAAGAGGUUGAGAAGACACUGAAAGAUAAAUUCAAUAUAGUACUGGAGAACAAACUUGUACCAGUAAAUGUUCGUGGCUUGCCACCUAAUUUAGUGGAUAAAAUCUAAUUGUAACAAUGUGCUAGGUGGAUCUUUAAAUAGCUGAGAGGAAAAUUCUAAAAUUAACAUUAAUUACAGUAAUCUCAUUUUUAACUCGAGCUAGUCACAAAGCUUGGUAAAUUCUAGCACACUGCUAAUUAACUGCAUAUAUUGAUUGCAUAUUUUUUAUUAAACUUCUCCUUCUUUAGAAACCAAAACAUCUUACGAGCUCUGUUUUACUCAUAUGGAAAUUGGUUUUUCACUCUUAUUGCAGAUAUAUUUUGUGGCAAAUGAGACCAAAAUUAUGCAGAAGGAGAGGCUUUGUUACCAUUUUGCACAAAAGACCUCUAACUUUUUUUGGCAUUAUUUCCAAGCUUCUCAGUGACUUUUACAAAUUAUGCACUUCAGUUGAGCUGAAUUUGGCUUUUAAAUGAUGUAGAAAAAAAGAAAGGUUAAGACUUUCUCAAAACAAGCCACCAUUAGGUUCUGAUUAGCUUAAAAAAGUUGAAAGACUUAAGCCCUGUUCCCUUUUCAGAAAUAAACUUAAAGUAAGAUAUUUAUCCAAGGGUACCUAAACCCCCUUAAAAUCUCUCUAAUUUUGAGUACACACUUUUUCUGAGUCUGAUUUAUCUGUGUCUCUGAAUUCAAAAUAAAAUCUGUAGAAGAUGAGAUGAUUCAA